AAUACCUUGGGACAAUGUUGGCUACAAAUAAAGUAAACAAAAUAUGCCAAAUAUGUGGUGACAAUAAAGGAGUUGCCACUCGAGUGUCCAUCGGAAGGCAAAUGUCAUAUAAAUUCAGUGACGAGAAAGAAUUCAUACGAAAUGAUGAGGAAAAUAGGAUACGAAAACAAUUAAUCCGAGAAAAUAAACUCAAACAAAAUGAAUGCAAUAAAAGCCACAAUUCUGUGGACACUUCCAGUGAUAACAAAAAUAGUGAACUAGUUUUACACAAAGACUUUUUACACGAUAUAAUUGCCAACACAUUGGAGUUGAGUGAUGAAGAACUGACGGAUCAGAUCUCAGAGGUUGAGAACUUUUUACACGAUAUAAUUGCCAACACAUUGGAGUUGAGUGAUGAAGACCUGACGGAUCAGAUCUCAGAGAUUGAGAGUUAUGUCACAAAUUGUACAGAAAUACAGAAAUCUAGUCAUGAAAAUGAGUUAUCAUUGGAUAGACUAAUGGAGAAAUCGCACACAUUUGUCAUCAAACCUGUAUUCCGUGAACUCACUGAUUAUAAAGGUUUAAAUCAACUUGAAUUCAGCCGGAUAUCCGAGUUGUUAAGCGCCACCACUAUAUUGAAGUCAUCCACGACUAAGAAUAUUCUUGAAAGAUUUGAGAAACAGAUCUCAGAUUUUAUAAAUUUCACACAAAUGUUGAAUUCAUUCACAACCAUCUGUUCCGACGAUCAGUUUUCGCUCAUCAAGAAUGGCGCCAUUGAAAUGAUCUUGCUCAGAUUUUUCACAUAUUUCAAUGAAAGCAAUUAUAGUUUUACUGUUCACUUGGCUGGAACAGCAACUGUCGCGAGUGAAGUCCAUAAAGUGAAUGAAAUCGAGGAUAUGAAACCAUAUAUCCAUUCCUGUGGACCACUAUAUAAAGAGAUCUAUGACUUA